AUGGAGCAGGCUCACGCCAAGACGAGCCAAGAAGUGCUCAACUACUUUAAUACCGACAAAGAACGCGGUCUUACUCUUGAACAAGUCAGACAGAAUCAAGAGAAAUAUGGCCCUAACGAGCUUCCCGCUGAAGAAGGCAAGUCUAUAUGGCAGCUGGUUCUUGAGCAAUUCGACGACCUUCUCGUCAAAAUUUUACUUUUGGCCGCAAUCAUCUCCUUCAUCCUAGCAUUUUUUGAAGAGAAUGAAGACACUAUCACCGCCUUUGUGGAACCUUUUGUCAUUUUGCUUAUUCUUAUUGCAAACGCCGUCGUCGGUGUGUGGCAAGAGCGAAAUGCCGAGGACGCUAUUGAGGCGUUGAAGGAGUACGAGCCUGAAAUGGGCAAAGUCAUCCGCGCGGACAAGACCGGCGUUCAGAAGAUCCGUGCCAAAGAAAUUGUGCCCGGUGAUAUGGUUGAAAUUUCUGUCGGUGACAAGGUCCCCGCUGAUAUUCGCCUGAUCAAAAUUUUCUCCACCACACUGCGAGUUGAUCAGUCUAUCCUUACCGGUGAGUCGGUGUCAGUCAUCAAGCACACCGAUGCAGUUCCCGAUCCUCGGGCAGUGAACCAGGACAAGAAGAACAUUCUCUUCUCUGGCACGAACAUUGCCGCCGGUAAGGCUUGCGGCAUUGUUAUUGGCACUGGUCUGGACACGGCCAUCGGUAAAAUUCGUACUGAGAUGGUUGAGACCGAAGAAGCAAAGACUCCUCUUCAGCAGAAACUGGACGAGUUCGGCGAGCAGCUCUCCAAAGUUAUCUCCAUCAUCUGCGUUGCCGUGUGGGCCAUCAACAUUGGUCACUUUAACGAUCCCGCCCAUGGCGGUUCAUGGCUGAAGGGUGCCAUCUACUACUUCAAGAUUGCCGUCGCUCUGGCCGUGGCUGCCAUUCCCGAGGGUCUGCCUGCUGUCAUCACUACCUGCCUGGCCCUUGGCACUCGCCGCAUGGCCAAGAAGAACGCCAUUGUGCGGUCUCUGCCCUCUGUGGAGACACUUGGUUGCACCUCUGUCAUCUGCUCUGAUAAGACCGGCACCCUGACCACCAACCAGAUGUCCGUCUCUCGAUUUUUCAUCCUUAAAAAUGCCGAAGGAAACUCUGCCGAGUUUGAUGAGUUUGAGUGCACCGGCUCGACCUACGAGCCCAUUGGCGAAGUUUUCCAGGACGGUAAUCGAGUCAAGAUUUCCGAAUAUGAAGCUGCCUAUGAACUGGCCACCAUCUGCGUGAUGUGCAAUGACUCCAGCAUUGACUUCAACGAGUACAAGCAGGUGUUUGAGAAGGUCGGUGAGGCCACUGAGACUGCUCUCAUCGUGCUGGCUGAGAAGCUGAACCCUUGGGGCUUUGACAAGCGCGGCCUUUCCCGUCGUGAUGCUGCUCUCGUGGUGAACCAGAACGUCAAGAAGAUGUGGAGCAAGGAGCACACUCUUGAGUUCUCUCGCGAUCGUAAAUCAAUGAGCUCUUACUGCAUUCCAAAGACCGCCACUAAGCUCGGAAAUGAACCGAAGAUGUUCUGCAAGGGUGCCCCCGAAGGUGUGCUCGAUCGCUGCUCUCACAUUCGCGUUGGUGACCGCAAGGUGCCAAUGACAUCGGCGAUCCGCAAUCGCAUCCUCGACCUCACUCGUCACUACGGUACCGGCCGUGAUACCCUCCGUUGCCUGGCCCUGGCCACCCUUGACCACCCAAUGAAGCCUGAACAGAUGGAUCUGGGCGAUUCUUCCAAGUUUGCAGACUAUGAGCAAAACAUGACCUUUGUCGGCGUUGCUGGCAUGUUGGAUCCUCCCCGUAAGGAAGUUCGGGACUCUAUUAUGCAGUGCCGUGCCGCUGGUAUUCGAGUCAUUGUGAUCACCGGCGACAACAAGGCUACCGCUGAGGCUAUCUGCCGUCGAAUUGGUGUGUUCGGGGAAGAUGAGGACACCACUGGCAUGUCCUACUCUGGCCGUGAAUUCGAUGACCUUUCUGUCAGCGAACAACGUGCCGCCACCCGUCGCUCUCGUCUGUUCUCUCGCGUGGAGCCGGCCCACAAGAGUAAGAUUGUGGAGUUUCUGCAGGCUGAUGGUGAGAUUUCCGCCAUGACUGGCGAUGGUGUGAACGAUGCUCCUGCCUUGAAGAAGGCCGAAAUCGGUAUUGCCAUGGGCUCUGGAACUGCUGUCGCCAAGUCUGCCGCUGAGAUGAUCUUGGCCGAUGACAACUUCUCCUCCAUUGUCUCUGCCGUCGAGGAAGGUCGAGCUAUCUACAACAACAUGAAGCAGUUUAUCCGCUACUUGAUCUCCUCCAACAUCGGUGAAGUCGUCAGUAUUUUCCUGACUGCUGCUCUCGGUCUGCCUGAGGCCCUGAUCCCGGUGCAACUGUUGUGGGUGAACUUGGUCACCGACGGUCUGCCUGCCACUGCUCUGGGCUUCAACCCGCCCGAUCUCGACAUCAUGGAGCGACCCCCGCGCAAGGCCAACGAAUCUCUUAUUACCGGAUGGCUCUUUUUCCGAUACAUGGCUGUAGGAACCUACGUCGGUGCUGCCACUGUCGGUGCCGCCUCUUGGUGGUACAUGGUUGCCCCUGAUGGUCCUCACCUCACCUUUUACCAACUUUCUCACCAUCUGCAAUGCAUCGGUGACUCUGAGAACUUUCGCGGAGUUGACUGCAACAUUUUCCACGACCCUCACCCGAUGACUAUGGCUCUAUCAGUAUUGGUCACCAUUGAAAUGCUUAACGCAUUGAACAGCUUGUCUGAAAACCAGUCUCUCUUUGCCAUGCCGCCAUGGACGAACAUCUGGCUCAUCUCUGCCAUCACCCUCUCCAUGACUCUUCACUUUGUUGUGCUCUAUGUUGACAUUCUCUCGGUUGUCUUCUCUCUGUGCCCUCUGACCAUCCUCGAGUGGUGGGCCGUGCUAAAGAUCUCUGUACCAGUCAUCCUUCUCGACGAAGUUCUCAAGUUCGUCGCUCGCACCUUUAUCGACGGUAAUCAUCCGGCCAAG